AUGAACCCUCACAUCUCUGUUCCCCGCCAACAUGCCGGCCCUGCCAACUUCGGCUCAACACCUGCAACCCGGUCUAGUGUCCGCAUGCCGCGCUUCUUCAAGAGGCUUUUCAAAUUCCCACAAAUGGACUUUGAAAUGGCAAUUUGGGAGAUGACCUCGUUGCUGAUCGCACCCAAGAAGGUAUUCAAAUCGAUAUACUACCAUAAACGUGAGUCUACUUAUUAUUCCAAACUUGAAACCAAAAACACAUGGCACCGGCCUGAUCCGUCAUUCACCUACCUACUAUCAUUCUUCCUCCUCCUCACAGCCCUCGCAUGGGGCCUUGCUUAUACGCCGGGCUUCGGCGCAAUUAUACGCCUCGCUUUCCUCUUCGUGUUCGUGCAUUUCAUCGGCUCGUCACUGCUCGUCUCGACAAUUGGAUACUUUAUCAUUGGCCGUCUAUUCGGUCCGAAUGGAGCCGCCGCCUCUCUAGCUGGCCUGCGGGGCUCCCGUGGCCGAAGACGAGGUGCCGCUCAGGGCUUGUUUACUCAGCCAGGGGAGAAGGAGCAAUUGGAGUUUGGAUAUUGUUUUGACGUAUCCAACCGGGCCUUCUUUCCUCUAUAUCUCCACCUCUACGUGGUGCAGUUCCUCCUUCUGCCGCUCCUCACCCGCAGCCCGAGUAAUUUCCUGGCUACUUUCCUUGGAAACUCGCUUUACCUCUCUGCUCUCAUUUACUACACCUACAUCACGUUCCUGGGAUAUAAUGCUCUCCCAUUCCUGCACAACACAGAACUUCUGCUUGUGCCUAUCCUCAUAUUCGCCGUUAUGUGGCUAGUCAGCCUGAUUGCCGGUUGGGGCAUUGUCAUGCAAGGCCGCAGUGUUGAGGGGUUGUUCUGGGGCGUGUGA